AUGUCAGAGUUGGUGUGCCAUUACCGAGUGGAAUAUACUUGGGAUGUUGUGGAUGCGGGUGAGCUGAGAGUGGUCGCCGAGACAAGUUCCAUCAACAUCCAAGAGGGCUUUCCGGAGGAGCUCCACGUAUCGCUGUAUAUCGACGACAAUAGGCCCAUGCACAUGCGCCUAAAGAGGAGCAGCACGCUGGAUUCAAAUGUGCCGCUCUUUGUCAUAUGCAAUGGCUCACUAUUCGAGAAGAACGGCACGAAUGAUUUGGCAGCCCAGUUUUACCAGGACAUCGAUACGGGUGCAGCUAUCGAACUGUCAUGUGACAACUCGACGGAGGAGUGCAUACCGUCACUGCGAGGUUCGUUUUACCAGGACAAAAUUCUGUACGAACUUUCGCCGUUUGUGGAAAAUGACACUCUUGCGAUAUCCCAUAUAAAAAAGCGAAGCACAGAUUCGCACCAAGUGGUACAGAGGACGGAUCAGGAUGGCAAUGAGAUAUUUCAAGCUCCUAUGAGUGUUCGGUUUACUGUAGAAGUGCGGAAAAUGUCCCAAAGAUCAAAGCGGUCGUACAAAGAGCCGCGUUGUGUGGAAUUAGUCGCUGUCAUCUCGUAUGACAUAUUUAACAGAUGGUACAAACUUAGUCCACAUUUUGACAAAACAGCCCGAGAAAAUGACGCUUUGUUCAACAUACGCCGUUAUUUUGCCAUGGUUGUUCAAGGGGUGGAUUUACGGUAUUCAAGUAUCAUCACCAUAGACUUCAGCCUGUGUGUCAAGCUUUCUGCUUACGUCAUUGCAACUACUAAGCGGGAUUCCCCAUGGACGGAAACUAAAAACGUGGGCGGGGCUGUGGAUGGUGCUGAUGUCCUUCCCUUCUUUAGAACCUGGUCGAUCCACAACGGUGGGAAGAUUGGUCCAUACGACCACAUACAGCUGUUCACCGGGUACGAUGUAAAGACAGGGGGAGAUACAUCCGCUGUGGGUCUGAGUUACAUCAGCUCUAUUUGCCUGAAAUCCUGGGCCGUGUCUAUUGUGGAGGAUAACCAAGACAUGAUGCACACAACUACGGCUUCCACACAUGAGAUAGGCCAUAGGUAUGGCAUUGACUGCAUCAGCGACAAGCCCCGACUCCUUGGCGACCGCCAGUGGAAAUCUUACACACGGAAUCUGCCGGGACAACUGUACCCUCCAGACCAACAGUGUAGAUUGAUGCACGGAGAUACAUCCUUCAUGAGCCGGAAACUCCUACAAGAGAGGUGGUGUAUUGACGGAAAAUGUCAGGUCAACGCUACAGCUCCCUUUAUGAAUGGUAAAUAUUAA